GUAGGAAUAGCAGCAACAUUAACGCUGUUAUAUGCAUGGAGAGUUUUAAAUUGGUUGUGGUUCGAACCAAAGAAGAUAGAAAAGUUCUUAAGAGACCAAGGCCUUAUGGGGACCCCUUAUAGGUUCGUGUUCGGAGAUCUCAAAGACAUGGUGCAAAUGACGACUGARGCCAAAUCUAAAUCCAUGAGUGUMACUGAUCAUGAUAUCGCUCAUCGCGUCUUCCCCUUCUUCCAUAAGUCUGUCACUACUCAUGAGCCAUGGAGGAAACGGCAAUUAUUUGUGUUAUUGGAGUAGCAGCGAUCUUGACGUUAUAUGUAUGGACGGUUUUGAAUUUCUUGUGGUUUAAACCGAAAAAGAUGGAGAAGCUUCUAAGAGAUCAAGGAUUGAAAGGAACCCAUUACCGAUUUAUGGUCGGAGAUUUGAAACAGUUGGAGAAGAUGACAAAAGAAGCCAAAUCUAAACCUAUGAGUCUAAAUCAUGAUAUCGCACCUCGUGUAUUGACCUUCUUCCAUAAAUCCAUCAUUACUCACGGUAAGACUUGUUUUACAUGGAUGGGGACAAGGCCUAUGGUGCACAUUUCURAACCCACCAUGAUACGAGAGGUCUUCUCUAAUUAUCAUCAAUUUCAAAAGCCAAGGGGAGGAAACCCAUCAAUAAAGUUGCUAACAACRGGCUUAAUCGACGUUGAGGAAGAUCAAUGGGUUAAACAUAGAAAAAUCAUCAAUCCCGCUUUCAAUGUUGAAAAGCUCAAGCAUAUGGUACCUGCRUUUUAUGUGAGUUGCAGCGAGAUGAUUCAAAAAUGGGAAGAAAUGGUAACAAAAGAAAGCUCGCGUGAAGUGAAUGUAUGGCCUCAUCUACAAACAUUUACAGCUGAUGUGAUUUCACGUACAGCUUUCGGUAGUAGUUUUGAGGAAGGGAGAAAGAUAUUUGAGCUUCAAAGAGAACUAAAGCAGAUGAUUAUCAUAGCUGAAAUGUCAAUUUACAUUCCAGGAUCAAGAUUUUUGCCRACAAAAAGCAACAAUAGAAUGAAACAGAUUGACCAGGAAGUGAAGGCUAUGAUAAAGAGUAUAAUCGAUAAACGAGUUGUUGCUAUGAAGGCCGGGRAAAGUAUCAAUGAUGACCUCCUGGGCAUUCUUUUGGAUUCCAAUUACGCAGAAAUUAAACAASAAGGAAAUAGCCAUUUUGGCUUAAGCAUUCAGGAAAUCAUUCAAGAAUGCAAACUUUUCUACUUUGCAGGCCAGGAGACCACCGUAAAUAUGCUUGUUUGGACUAUGAUUUUACUAGGUCAAUACAAGGAGUGGCAGACACAUGCUAGAGAGGAAGUUUUGCAAGUCAUUGGAGAGAAAAGACCAGAUAUUGAUGGGUUGAAUCACCUAAAAGUUGUUAACAUGAUCUUCAAUGAGGUUCUUAGACUAUAUCYGCCAGCAGUACUACUAAGACGAUUUGUACAUGAAGAAACAAAAUUAAAAAAUUUAAUCUUGCCGGCGGGAACCCUCAUCCAACUAAACUCAUUGCUUUUACACCACGACCAAGAUUUAUGGGGUGAAGAUGUGAAYGAGUUCAAGCCYGAAAGAUUUUCCRAAGGUGUGUUAAAGGCGACCAAGGGGCAAGCGUCAUACGUCCCAUUUGGAGGUGGCCCACGUAUAUGCGUCGGACARAAUUUUGCUAUGUUAGAAGCAAAAAUGGCGCUUACAAUGAUUCUACAACGCUUCUCUUUUGAUCUAUCUCCGUCGUAUUCACAUGCUCCRUACGCUAUAAUUACUUUAAAACCUCAAUUUGGCGCUCACUUGAUUUUACASAAACUUUAG